AUGGGUUGCACUACUUCUUAUAUUGCUGCUUCCUCUUCGAAUGAACUUUCUUCAUUUCCAAAAACUUCCUCUCAAACUCAAACCAGAAAUUUACCUUCUCCUCCUACAAGAGCAGUGGACUACAGGCAACAAGUUAUUGGAUGA